CUUGUGACAUUGAGUUUACGUUUGUGAAGCAAAAUAAAAAACAUUGAGUUAUUCAAUCAUCAAUUUAUUUUUAAAAUUUUUUAAUAGAUUUAAAUGUACUGCAAAGAAGUUUUAAAUUCACAAAUUUCUAAGAAAAGAUGAUUGCUGAGAAAUUUAAAAGUCUUGAAUCUGGAAUAAAUGAUUCAGCAGUUAUUAAAAAAAGCAUUGCAGUAAUUAGCACCACGAAAGACCGGAACCGAAAAAAUUCUAAACCUUUGUUAGAACAAAAUCAUGGUAAAAAAAACAAGUUACACGAAAUCAAGCGUUUUAACCAAAUCAAUGCUCGAGUUAAACGUAAUGUUAUUUUAGUUUCAAAAUGGCUGAAUUCACCACAAGAACAAAAAAAAUAUGCAUAUCGUUCGUUGUUUAUUUUUGGUCCCAAAAAUAAAUUUCGUUUACUUGCCAUAAAGAUCACUGAGGCAAAGUUGUAUGAAUAUUUCAUACUACUCACCAUCAUAAUUACGUGUAUAAUUAUGGCUUUGGAUGUUCCUAUGCCUUAUGAAAGCAAAUCGAAAAUUAGCAAGUUUUCAGAUAAAGCUGAAUAUUUUUUUCUUGUCAUAUUUGGCUUAGAAGCUCUUCUUAAGAUUAUUGCAAAAGGUUUUGUUAUACACCCAAAUUCAUAUCUUAGAAGUUUGUGGAAUGUUAUUGAUUUUUUUGUCGUUCUUAUAAGUUUCACUGUUUUGUUUCAAAAUCAAAUGAAAAAUUCAAACGUAGAAUAUUCUCUCGAUGUAAGAGCAGUUCGUGCAGUUCGAGUAUUGCGUCCUCUCAAGUUUAUUACAAUUAUUCCAAGUGUACACAUCAUCAUGACAUCUAUUAUGAAAGCAGUUGUACCACUUUUGAAAGUAUUGUAUCUUUUUAGUUUCAUGAUUGCAAUUUAUGCUAUCAUUGGUUUACAGUUUAUGGUCAACAGAUUUAAAUACAGCUGUAAAAACGAUCUGACAAAAAAGUUUACAGACCAGCUUUGUGAUGGUUUUAUAAAUGGUACUACUAAAUACUUUGUUUCUGGUGUGAAAUGUGCAACAAAUGAGUCGUGUGUAGUAAGUAAUCUUGAAUUUAACAAUGGAAUUAAAACAUUUGACAACAUCUUUUUUGCUGUAUUAACAGUGUUCCAAUGUGUGACAACUGAUGCAUGGUCAGAAAUUAUGUACAAAACAUUUUACACCAUGGACAAAAAAGGGUACUUAUGGUCAACCUAUUAUGUUUCAUUGGUGAUGUUGGGUGCAUUUAUUAUACUAAAUCUGGUUCUAGGUGUUUUAAACGGGGAGUUCUCUAAAGAAAGAUCUAAAGUUGAGCAUAAAAGUGAGUUUAUAAAGCUUCGUGAAAAGAUAAAAUUAGAUCAAUCAUUUGAGUUUUACUUAAACUGGAUUUUAGAAGGAGAAGAAUUGGUGAUUGCUGAGGUGAAAAGUUUCAACAAUAAGUUUAACGCAUUAAAGUAUUUCACAGAAAUCAUUCAAGAGGAUUGUUCAAGUGGAUUAUUUAAGAUUCAAAAAGAUAAAACAUCAAGAAUCCAUUUUAUUUUAUAUAUAAAAUCUUUGCAAUUAAAAGCAAGGAAAUUAGUUAAGCAUAAAAUUUUCUUCUGGUUUGUUCUUUCAAUUGUUUUUCUUAAUACUAUUUUUAUGACCACCUAUCAUUUUGGCCAGCCUCGUUGGCUUGAUGACUUAAAAAUUCAUUUUGAGAGAGUGUUGGGAAGCAUAUUUAUUGUUGAGUUAAUGUUGAAAGUUUUUGCAUUCACAUUAAAAGGAUAUUGCAGAUCAUCAUUUCACAUUUUUGAAUUUGUUGUUGUUUUUCUAAGUUCCAUAGAGGUUUUCUCAAAUUGGUCUUUUGGUUUACCUGCUUUGCGUUGCUUUAUCUUACUUCGUGUUUUUAAAGUUACAAAGUACUGGUCAAGAUUUCAACAUAUUGUUGCAUCAUUUAAAAGCGCUAUGAAAUCAAUACUCAGUCUUUUUUUCCUUCUCCUUCUCUACAUAUUUAUUAAUGCACUUCUGGGAAUGCAUUUAUUAUCUGGAAGAAUUGAGAGUUUGCAAGUUCCAAAUUUUAAUGGUCUCACUAACUCUAUUCUUGCAGUAUUUCAGGUAAUUACUGGAGAAGAUUGGAGUAGUGUUAUGUAUAAUGGAAUGAAAGUAUAUGAGAAUGAUUGGAUGUUCUAUUUUGUUUGUGUAUACUUUUUAUUUCUAGUUUUGUUUGGCAACUACAUACUUCUCAACAUUUUCUUGGCCAUAGCUGUAGACAACCUUGCUAAUGCAGAAAUACUUACAGAUGAAGAAAUACAAGAUAAUAUUAUUAGAAUGGAAACUAAAAAAAAUCUAGUUCAAUUUUAUAAUAAUGGCAUAUCUGCAUCAUGUUCAAAAAAAUCUUUUUCAGAUGCCCAAUGGAAAUCUAUAGAAACCAAGGAUAAUCUUUAUUACAAAAAUCAAGAAAUCAGUGAUGUAGAAAAUAUAUACAGUGACAAAGUAGCAUAUUUUAAUGAUGUAAUAGCAGAACAGAGAUUGAGAAAGGAUGGAAGUAAAAUUAUAAAUAAGAACUUAAAGAGUGAUUUCAAUCCAGAAAAAUUUUUUCAAGUAAAUAACUUGAAAUUAAAAUUUGACAAAGAUGUUGAAAUGUCAAAAGAUGUAGCUACUACCAUAUUAUCUAAAAAAAGCAAUACAAAUUAUAAUGAAUUCAAUAAUGCAGAAAAAAAGUUGUUUAGUACUAAAAGUUAUUUGAACUUUGCAGAUGAUUUUGAAUCAAACAUUGUUAAACAAGGAUUUUUCAAGACAUUCAAGAAUAGUGUUGUCAAUAAAAAAGAAUCGAUUCAUAAUUUCAUUUUGAACAGCAACUCUUCUCUUUUUAUUUUCCCUUCUACAAACAGGUUUCGUGUGCUUUGUCAUUCAAUAGUCCGGUCAAAAUAUUUUGAUUUAGGAAUGAUUGCAAUUAUAUUGGUUCGUUCAUUAGUGCUAGCAAUUGAAGAUCCAAUAAAUCUUGAUUCUUAUCUUAAUAAUAUUAGCAGAAAAUGUGAUUAUAUUUUUACAGCCAUUUUUGGAAUUGAGAUUUUUCUUAAGAUAGUUGAUGUUGGUUUUGUUUUCAAUAAAGGAUCAUUUCUUCGUGAUUCAUGGAACCAACUUGAUGCAUUUGUUUUUUUUAUGAGUUUGCUUUCAAUCAUUCUUUCAAAUAUGUUACAAAAAGGCAACAUUGCUUUAAAAGUUGUUCGUGUGUUCAGAGUACUACGACCACUCAAAGUUGUUCAAUAUGUAAAAAAGCUAAAAAUAAUAUUUUUAUGUAUGAUAUAUUCAUUCAAAGUCAUUGGAUUUGUUUUGAUAAUUGCUUUUUUGAUGCUGCUUAUUUUUGCAUGUAUUGGUGUUCAGCUUUUUAAGGGAAAGUUCUAUUAUUGCACCGAUGAAAUUAUAAACAAUGAAGAUGAAUGCAAAGGACUUUAUUUCAAAUAUGAUACUAAUUCAUAUAAAGAUAUAGAGAUGUUUCCAAAGGAAGAACCUAGAAAUUGGGAAAAUGCAAAAUUUCAUUUUGACAAUGUCUUGAAUGCUUUAGUAACUCUUUUUGUGUGUUCUACAGAAGAUAACUGGCCGGCAAAGAUGUAUAAGGCAAUGGAUAUACCUAAAGAAAACGUAGGGCAUUUGGUUAAGAGUUAUUCUUUUGCAGGAAUUUAUUUUAUUGUUUUUAUGGUGAUAUUUACUUUCUUGAUAAUCAACAUAUUUGUUGCAUUAAUUAUUCUGACGUUUCAAAAACAAGGUGAAAUAGAGAUCCAAGGUGGUCUUGACCAAAAUCAACAUGCUUGUUUGGAAUAUGUCCUAAACAGUGAACCUUGCAAAUCUUUUAUGCCAUUAAAUGAAUCAAGUAUAUCUUUUCGGAUGUGGCAUUUUGUUAAAUCCUAUCAUUUUGAUAACUUAAUGAUGUUAAUAACUUUGAUUAACAUGUUACUGCUUAUGUUAAGGUAUAAAGGAAUGACUCCCAACUAUAAAGAUAUGUUGGUUAAAAUUAAUGGAGGAUUUACUAGUCUGUAUUUAAUUGAAGCUCUUCUAAAGAUAGUAGCAUAUAGAGUGAAUUACUUUAAAGAUUUUUGGAAUUUGUUCGACAUAGCUGUGAUUUUAGGUGGAUUCCUCGAUAUUGUUUUUACUUUUUUCUUUAUGAUUGCAUGGUUAGAUCCUACAAUGUUUCGAUUGUUCAGAGUUGCACGUCUACUUAAGCUUUUUAAAAGACAAACUGGCGUUGAAGUUAUUUUGUGGACACUUUUAAAAUCUCUUAAAAAUUUAGCUUAUGUUAUUGUAUUGAUUCUUAUUACCACUUAUGUUUAUGCUAUCAUGGGAAUGCAGUUGUUUGGCAACAUCAAGUUAGAAAAGACUAAUCAACUAAAUGAGAUGAACAACUUCUGUGACAUUUUUAAAACUAUUCUACUUCUAUUUCGGUGUUCUUCUGGUGAUAAUUGGAGUGAAAUAAUGAGUGAAUGUUAUGAUAAUGCCAAAUGCGAUGAAAAUUAUUUAUUACAUUCAAAUGUUCCAUGUGGUAAUACUAUGUUGGCUCGAAUUUAUUUUAUUUCAUAUAUGUUUCUCUCAAGGUUUUUUCUUCUCAAUUUGUUUGUUGCAGUAAUCAUGGAUAACUUUGAAUAUUUAACUCGUGACAACUCUAUAAUGUGUUUACGAGAUUUAAAAGAUUUUGUUAGCUGCUGGUCACAAUUUGAUCCUCAGGCAACAGGAUACAUCACAGAUGACAAACUGUAUGAAUUAAUGCGCUUAACAUCUCCUCCUAUCGGAUUUGGUACCAAAUGUCCUAAAGCUGUUUGUUUGAAGCGUAUGAUGCAGAUGAACAUUCCACUAAACGCUGAUAGUAAUGUGUCUUUUCAUACUGUUUUGAUGACUCUAGUUCGAUGUGGUUUGAAGAUUCAUUUGAAUAAAACUGAUGUAGAGUUUAAGAAUAUUAUCAAGUCUUUAUGGCCAGCUAUUGCUUUGAAAUCUCUAGAUAAAUUUUUUCCUGAGUUAACAGUAGAUAACAACCAAUUAACAGUUAGAAAGGUAUUUUCCAUAAAACUUAUUUUUAUGAGUUUUCAAAAGAAAAAACAUAAACUGUUCAGAGAAGAAGAAACCGUUACGAUUUAAUCUUCGAAAGGAGUUUUAUCUGUGUUUGCAAUAUGUUUCUUUUUUCAAUUAUUUAGUAAUUAUCUUCUUCAGUCAAACUAUUUACCAACUGAGCAUAAUUUUAAAUAUUGUUGCACAUAGAACUAUUAUUUUGUAUUAAAAAUAUAUGUCUGUAUUUGUAUAUAUACAUUUUUAAAUACUUAUUUCGUUCAGUCAUUUUUCUUAUGAAAUUUGCAACCUAUCGCUCAAAUUUAUGGAAUAAACAAUUCGUAAUAC